GGAGUAAGCCAUGCCAUUCAUCGCAGUGCGCGCGACCGCGUACGGUUCACGGCCGUCUUCCCGUCAAUCGAUUUGUACUAACGUUUAGUAAUAACAAUCACAAUCACAAUAAUAAUCAUCACGAAAUAUCGUACCAUAUCGAUCUAUAAUUAAUUAGUAUUAUUAUAAUAUUAUAACGUGUGUAUGGUUUUCAGUUUUCGGUUUUAGUUUUAUCUCUCUCUCUCUUAUUCCGACAACGACGUUCCUUUCCACGAGAUUUCACCUGAAACGCUACACCGGCUCCUCGAUCGCUGCUGCAGCAGUCGCUAUUAUAGUAAAGAACUGAACGACCGCAUACAGCAUUACAACACAAAUACCACAGUAGUUUGGGCAGUUGUAUCGAAAAAAAUAAAAUGACUUACGACGACCUAUUGCACAAAAUCGGCGAUUUCGGGAAGUACCAGAAAAGAAUUUACUUCUUCCUGUGUCUUCCCGCAAUAUCGUGUGCUUUGCAUAAGCUGUCCGGAGUAUUUAUCCUUGCCAAAACCGAUUACAGAUGUCAAUUACCGGGUGAGCCGGACAAUGCUUCGUAUGCUUUACCGCCCAACAUCAUGAACAUGUCGUAUCCAUUCGACUAUAAGUUGGAUCAUUUUUCUUCGUGUAAAAUGUACGACACCAAUUUCACUGAAGCGUAUUACUCGUCCAAUACGACGGCGAACCAGAGCAUAAACUGCCACCGGUGGAUAUACGACAAGGGGUCAAACCAAAACACCGCAGUGAUGGAGUUCAACUUGGUGUGUGACAGAGCUUGGUACAAAGGCACCGCGGACUCUAUGCUCAUGGUCGGUGUCAUGUUAGGAUCGAUAAUAUUUGGAUAUUUGUCGGACCGGAUUGGAAGAAAAAAUAUUUUUAUAAUAUCUGUUUGGCUGCAGGGUGUCGCCGGUAUCGGUAUGGCAUUCACACAAGAGUACUGGAGCUUUACAUUUCUCAGAGUACUGGUGGGAGCUUCUACUUCAGGGCUAUACCUAGCAGCUUAUGUCAUCGGUUUGGAAUUUGUCAGCCCCAAAUAUCGAAUGGUGGUUGGCGUUGUCAUACAAAUGUUCUUUUCUGUCGGUUUUCUUUUAACAUCCGCAUUUGCGUUCACCUUCCGCAGUAACUGGAGAUACUUUCAACUGGCUAUUACCAUACCAACUCUGUUUUACACGACCUAUUAUUGGUUUAUACCAGAAUCGGUGCGUUGGCUACUGGCCAAUGAUAAACAGGAGAAAGCCGUAAAAAUUAUCCAGAAAGUGUGCAGGGUGAACAGUGUGGACAUUUCAGACAAAGACAUAAUUGAAAUAUUGGAAAGCGAUUCUGAGAAAAAGUCCACAGUACAGCUCGAUACUCAACCAAAAGCGUCGUUUUUCGAUCUAUUCAAACAUCCAGUGAUUUUGAAAAGAUCUAUCAUCAUAAUGCUUUUGUGGUUUGUAAACAGCACUGCCUAUUAUGGUCUGUCUUGGAGUACUUCCAAUCUUGGGGGAAAUCCAUAUUUUGUGUUUAAUUUAGCCGGUUUGGUAGAGUUUCCGGCUUAUAUAUUUUUGUUAUUGACCCUUAACAAAUGGGGCAGGAAGAUAAAUAUAUCUGGAUUCCUAAUAUUGGCCGGAUUAUCACUUCUUGCAACGCUAGCUGUGCCUAAAACUAAUACGUGGAUGGUUAUCUUCUGUGCGAUGAUGGCUAAGCUAGCCAUAACUGCGUCAUACGGAGCCGUUUAUGUCUAUACCGCAGAACAGUUUCCGACCGUGGUGAGGAAUAUGGGCUUGGGGGUAGGAUCGUUUUUCGCCAGGAUCGGAGGAAUUGUGGCGCCAUACAUCAACAAUACGGCUGAAAUGUGGGUCAAUAUGCCGUUGGUUGUGUAUGGCGGUCUUGCAUUGUUGGUCGGAGUGUGGUCGCUUGUGUUGCCCGAGACGCUAAACAGAAAACUGCCAGACACCAUCGAAGAUCUCAUUGAAAUGUCAGAAAAGAAAUACAAGCCAGUGCUUACGAAUGAACCGGCAACAAAUGGUGAUGCGAACAAGGAUAAAGACAAGUAUUAAAGUAUUAAAUUAUGUAGGUAUAUAAUGAUAUUUUGUAUUUUUCCACUAUGAAUAAUAGUUACAUAUUUUGUAAUAAUAUGAAUUAAUGUUUCGACUGCUAUUUUUUUUUGUAACUACUUACUAUUAAUCGACAACUUAAACAUUGUUGUUUGUGCCCAUUUUGUACUACAUAAUUAUGUUUUUGUAACAUUUUGAGUGAAUUACAUACUAUAAUAAUAUUAAUAUUAUUUGUGUUAUUUUUAUUUUUAUUUUUUAAAUUAUGACCUUUUCAAUUUUGUAUACAGUGCAAACAGUAAUCAAUCCUUCGUUUAAACAAAUAUUUUAAAAAGAUUCGUUCGACUGGACUGCAUUGUAUUAAUGGAUUUAUAUUAUUAAAACCACAAGUGAUUUUUUA